CGUGACACCCAGCGGAAGUGAACAGUAGCAGCUAGCAGCAUUAGCUGGCUGUGUGUAAUGAAUGAAGUGAAGACGGUACUGAGUCACAGCGCAGCUCAUUAUUGAACGAGUAAUUAAAGAAGAAUGAGUUCAUUUGAGAGUUUGAGAGAGUUUGUCAACGAGCGACUAACUGCUGCUGCUGAAGAAAUAUUCAGAGUUUUUAAAACAACUAUCGUCCAGUACGAGGAAGAGAUCGAUCGGCAGCGCGUCAUGCUGGAUAUCUGCUGGAAACCCCAAGUAAAGUUACACAGGAUAGAGCUCCCACAGCAACAUGUCUGUAAGGAGGAGGAGGUUCUGGCUGACCAGCAGCUCUGUAACCAGGAGAGGAACUCCAGUCUGGACCAAGAGGACCCAGAGCCUCCAGAGAUUAAAGAGGAACAGGAGGAACUCUGCACCAGUCGGGAGGGAGAGCAGCUUGUACUGAAGGUGGAGACGGAAACCGCCAUGUUGACUCCAGCUUAUGAGGAAAGUGACCACAGUGAAGCAGAACCAACAAGUGACCACCAGCUCCUCUCUAACAACUCUCAUGGAGCUGAGAGCCGAGACCAGAAAGGAGGAAAACAUGGAGACUCGGGAUCAGCUGGAGAUGGAGAGCAGAAGGAAAAGAAAAGACAUCACGGAAGCAAAAGUCACAGUGAUUAUGGAAAAAACUCAUCAGACAUUCAACAUAACACUCACCCAGGUGAAAAGUCUUUCGACAGGGACACAUGUGGAAAGACUUUUAAGUUUAAGUCGUUGUUGAAUAGACGCAUGAGAAUCCACACAGGUGAGAAACCGUUUACUUGCAAAACAUGUGGCAAAGUUUUCAGCCAACGUACACGCAUAGCGGACCACAUGAGAACUCACACAGGUGAGAAACCUUUUACCUGUGAAAUAUGUGGGGAGGCUUUCGGGAGUCGUACUGCAUUGAUUUAUCAUGUGAGAAUCCACACAGGUGAGAAGCCGUUUACUUGCAACACAUGUGGGAAGACUUUCAGGUCUUGUGGUGACUUAAAAAAACACAUGAGAAUCCACACAGGUGAGAAACCGUAUUCUUGCAACACAUGUGGGAAGACUUUCACACUAAAAUGUAACUUAAAGGUUCACUUGAGAAUCCACACAGGUGAGAGGCCACAUUCCUGCCAAACAUGUGGAAAAACAUUCUCUGAAUCAUCUACUUUGAAAAUGCAUAUGAGAAUCCACACAGGUGAGAAGCCGUAUUCUUGUCAGACAUGUGGGAAGACUUUCAGGCAUCAGAGUUCCUUACAACCUCACAUUAGAAUCCACACAGGUGAGAAGCCGUAUUCUUGUCAGACAUGUGGGAAAACAUUACGUGACUCAUCUAGUUUGAAAAGGCACAUGAGAACUCACACAGGUGAGAAACCAUAGUUUUGCCUGUAGAAUUUUUUUCAGAUCAGUCUGCUCUGACAAGACAUCUGAUGACACGUACAGGAGAGUAGCCUUGUAUUUGCAAAAUAUGUUGGAGGUGGUUCAGUUCUAGUGUUUCAUGCAUAAUUGCAGAACUUUAACUUUAAAUGAGCUACUUGAAGAAUCCUCAGAGGAUCAAUAUACACAGGAGAAAUGAUGAGCUGAUGCUGAAUGUGAACAAUUUCCCCUUGAGAAGAUUUCAAAAUAUGUUUGUGUCUAUCUUCAUGCUGAUUUGCCAUAUUUAUUAAUAUGAUGAUUAAAAAGUCGAGUUAAUCGCU